GUGUAGUGUCUCUAGUAAUAAUAUGUGAAACUUCCACUUGAUAAAUCUCUCUCCUCAGUAUCUCACUGUGGUGAAUACUCGUACUGCUCUGAGAAAAGAUGAGGUGUUAUCAAUUAUCAUGCCAUUCAUGGUUAUGCUGCAUCACUUGGUAAUACUAAGUCUUGUCGCCGUUUUUGGGUUGCACUUUCUGGCAAUUCAGUAUUUUGGUAAAUUUUAAAAUAGUCAAACUGAACAAUGUCUAGUGAAACAGUUUUGAAUUAUUACGAUAGCUGCCUUCGAACAGAGGAUGUUGCACUCCUUGGGGAAGGCAAUUGGCUCAACGACAAGCUGAUAGCCUUCUGGUUUGAGUACUUGGAGCACACGAUUUUGGAAGGUCGCGAUGACGUAGCUCUGGUCACCCCCGAUGUGACGCAGAUGAUCAAAUUCCUCUCAGUUGAGGAGCUGACAGUGAUUCUUGAGCCACUCGCCCUGGCAAGCCGCAAGCUCGUCCUGCUGGCAGUGAACGACAACGCGGACAGCAGUGGCUCUGGAGGCUCACACUGGUCUUUGCUAUGCUACCAUCGAGAGCAGAACGCAUUCUUCCACUUUGAUUCCAUGCUUCAAUUAAACGCCAGGUAUGCCAAGCAACUGCAGGAAAAGCUGUGUAGAUUGAUCAACUGUGCACCUCAAGCUGAACAUGUGCCAAUUGACAGUCCACGGCAAGUGAACUGUACGGAUUGCGGAGUCUAUGUUAUGCUGUAUGCCGAGUAUAUAGCCGAGAAUCACAAAGCACGCCGGGACUUUGCUGUGAGCAUACCACCGAAGAACAAGAUUGACUUUCCGCUGCCAGGUAUUGUCCAGGAAAAGCGCAGCCAGGUGCGGGCGUGUAUCAGCAGUCUGGCUCAAGGAUCAUCAAGCAGUGCAUGUGCCAAGUGAUUCUAAUUACCUACGGUGAUGUGUCAUGAACACACGAGUGCGUGCGCAUGCACAUUGCAGACACAUCCCGACGUACAAACAGACCUGCAGUCACCUGCCCAGCCUGGCAGCACCGUACGCACAUGUACAAUGCAGCAGACACAUCCCGACGUGCAAACAGACCUGCAGUCGCCUGCCCAGCCUGGCAGCACCGUACGCACAUGUGCAAUGCAGCAGACACAUCCCGACGUGCAAACAGACCUGCAGUCGCCUGCCCAGCCUGGCAGCACCGUACGCACAUGUGCAAUGCAGCAGACACAUCCCGACGUGCAAACAGACCUGCAGUCGCCUGCCCUGCCUGGCAACACUGUACACCGUGCAGCAGAAGACCAUCACCACACGCCGCUCUUCAACAUCUCACUGAAGUUCAUCACGAUUGAUAAUGAGUACCGGAGAGUCGUGUAAACCCCGACCUCCCUCAGCCUGCCACACGCUAUCACAGAUCAAGCCAUGAAUGAAACCCCCGUGGUCCAAUGUUGGCAUCAUGUUGAUUGUGUAUUGUCUAGUAGCAAUAGGGAACAUAGGAAAAUGCUUUCCUAUACUAUGGAGAUAUCUACAUAUGAAAGUUGCCCUCGCUUCCCGGAGAGUAUGGCAAACGGAUUUUCAUGCGUAAUUACUCUGAGCCGCAAAGCUCGCUAUUAAAUGUCCAUUGCUGUCCGUAUGGCAAGUGUGCGGUGUGUAGUCUAGGAUUAUUCUGUAUUUCUAAGCAUGAAGUCGCUUCCGUCUGCCUCUUCACUGUGUCCCUGUAUCAAGUACAUGCACAAUGCCAGUGUGCAAUGUGCCGUGCUAGUCUGCAGGAGAUUAUUAAAAUGUCUUAUCAUUUCCUGCUGCUGCUGACGCUGAUGGAGAUGACACUGUCUGUAUGUCGCAUUGUUCACUUCCUCAGUGUAAGGAAAGUGCAGUCCUCACCCCGUCGCUGAACUUUGCUGUUGCAAUGCCAAGCACCGGAAGCACAUCAUUUACACUUGCUGUGAUAGUACGUCGAGCAGGAAAGUCAUCACACAGCUAGCGGUCAUCGGGGAGUCGUACCCCCUAAAAAAUGGUUUGGGUACGACUCCCUGGCAGUCAUGCUGCAUGCUGCCGAUCGCUCUUUGGUAUAAUCAAGAGUAUAUCCCCCCCCCCCCAGGGGGGUUAUGUACUCUUGGUAUAAUCAUGCAGUGCUCCGUCGAGAGUCUGAAAGCACAGGGAGUAAGGGAUUAGCUCCUGUCAUGUACCUCUACUAGUCUUGAAGUGGCGACGUCUGUUUGCCAUGUUGUUAUUUUGGUUCGGUUUCUUGACAUUCAGUGGCUGGCAAUAUACAUGUAAUCACAUCA